AAUACACUUGUGAGUCCACACGCUCACACAUGCAGAGAUAAACCAUAACAGCUAACGGGCAAAAUCAACAAAUCUUAUUUUAGGUGAAAUCAAAAACCUAGAAUGUCCAGCCAGGUCAUCUCAACUGACAACGCUACAGUUUUCAUUGAGAUAAAUCCACAGGUGGUUAAAGACAGUACUGAAAGAGAAGAAAAGCAAGGACCGUAUCACAAUGAGCUUCUCAAAGGUUUUCUUAAAGCACAACCAAAGGCAUUGGGGACUGUGCAGAUUAUUAUUGGAGUGAUGAUCUUCUUUAUUGGCAUUAUGCUCUCUUACAACUACCGACGACACCACGAUAUAAUUGUCAACAGUGGCAUAACCUACUGGGGAUCCUUCAUUUACAUCACCACUGGAUCUCUGUCUGUUGCUGCAGAGAAUAAGCUACGUUCCUGUGUGGUGAAAGCCUCGCUUGGAAUGAAUGGCUUCAGUGCCGCAACUGCAUCAUUAGCCACUGUGAUGUCCCUUGUUUUUCCGGUUCGCAUUCUUAACACCUAUUUUCUUUGUGUACGCACACACACACACGCACGCACGCACGCACGCACGCACGCACGCACAAACAGUAUGCAAGCGGUGGCGAGGAUCCCAAAACUCUAAUCGAGAAAAAAAACCUCAGGAGAACCCAGUCCCAACCAGGGGAUUCCAGUUCCCCUCUGGCAAAAGCUGCUGCCUCUGCACAAGCUCCAGAGAACUUGCACAACAAGGCAAAAUAAAAUAAAUAAAAUUAAUAAUAAAAUAAAUUAUAGUUUAAGAUUAUCAAUAAUAAUCUAAUAGCAUUUGAAAUUUUGUGGUGAAGACAUGUCAAGAGACCACGUCCUUCUUUAUCCAGCUCUAUCAUCUCAGCUCUUGUCAGGUCACCACUUCCCAUUCUCCGCUCUACCAUCAGGUCAGGCCAUGAACUGCAUCCUGCUCGCUGUGGUAACCUUGGAACAAUGAGACAAGACUGGCUGAGAGUAGAGUACUGUUCUGUGCUCUUUGAUGCAACAAGUACAUCAGUUGUGUUUUUGGUUCCGGUUGAUCUAACUAAUGCAGCCUAAACCCUCUGAAGAUUUAUAUUAUGGAAGAGUAGUGUAUGCAAGAUUAAAAAGAUGCGUCUUUAGUCUAGAUUUAAACUGACAGAGUGUGUCUGCCUCCCGGACAGUGCAGGGAAGACUAUUCCAAAGUUUAGGCGCUAGAUAGGAAAAGGAUCUACCACCUGCACUUGAUUUUGAAAUUCUAGGUAUUACCAACUGACAGGACGCCUGAGAGCGUAAUGCACG